AUGAAGCAUUCGUCGUCGUCGGUGUCGGUGUCGGUGGUCGGGCUUGUGAUCACAGCGAUCGUGGUGAUUCGACUGCUGCUGGUCGGGAACAGCAGCAUUGUUGUGCGAUGUGCGUGGCCGCCAGUGAUCGUUUUCAAAUCUUACGUGCCGUCGUUCGAAGACGUGCCAAACGUGCAGUACUACGACCUGCGAAACUACAACGGGAAACCAGACGGGUGGCAGCGUGGAGACCGCGUGCUGUUCACGGUGCCGCUUAGGGACGCAGCCGAGCACUUGCCAAUGUUUUUCGACCACAUGGCGCAGACGUCGUAUCCGCACAAUCUGAUCGAUCUCUCGUUUUUGGUCAGCGACAGCUCGGACGACACAAUGGGCGUGUUGCUGGCCCACUUGCAAAAAGCACAAUCGCAGUCGGACCGCAGCAAACGGUUCGGCAACAUCGAGAUCUACGAAAAGGAUUUCGGCCAGAUCAUCGGCCAGUCGUUUUCGGACCGCCACGGGUUUGCAGCACAGGGUCCCAGACGGAAACUGAUGGGCCGGGCCCGUAAUUGGCUGGGAUCCGUAGCGCUCAAACCUUACCACUCGUGGGUGUACUGGCGUGAUGUGGACGUGCAAACCAUCCCUCGCACCAUCUUGGAAGACCUCAUGCACCACGACAAGGACGUGAUCGUGCCCAACGUGUGGCGUCCCUUGCCGGACUGGCUGGGCAACAUCCAGCCCUACGAUCUCAACUCGUGGCAAGAGUCCGAAGGUGGCCUGCAAUUGGCCGAUUCGCUCGACGAGGACGCCGUCAUUGUCGAGGGCUACCCUGAGUAUGCUACGUGGCGUACGCAUUUGGCUUACAUGCGGGACCCCUCGGGCAACCCUGAAGACGAGAUGGAACUAGACGGUAUCGGAGGUGUGUCCAUCUUGAGCAAAGCCAAAGUUUUCCGCGCGGGUUCGCACUUCCCGGCUUUUUCGUUCGAAAAACAUGCUGAAACCGAAGCGUUUGGGAAAUUGUCGCGUAGACUCGGGUACAGUGUCAUCGGGCUGCCGCACUAUGUGAUUUGGCACAUUUACGAACCUUCCACCGACGAUCUCAAACAUAUGGCCUGGAUGGCCGAAGAAGAGAAACGUAAAAUUGAAGAAAACAAGAUUCGCGAAUUUUACGAUCGCGUUUGGCAAGUGGCUUUCGACGACGUUCGAGACGAAUGGGAGAUGGAAAGGCUUCAAGUUUUGAAGAAUGUCGAUCCGGGCUCCCUCAACCGUCACGUUACCGUCGACUGGGACGGUAUCGAUGACGAUUACGCCGAUGAAGUGGCCGAAAAAGCGCAAGAGGAUAAAGGCAAACAGGGCGCUGAGGCCGAAGGUGGAAAGAAAGACGAGGAAGAUACCACUGAAAAGGGCCAAAACCAGGACUCCAAGGGCGACGAUACCAAUAACGAUGACUCCAAGGCCGAAAAGGAGAAGGUCGCGGACGGUAAUGAGCCUGCUGAAGACAAAGAAGCUGGGUCUAAAAAACCCAAAAAGAACCCCGAUGAUGUCGAGCAGCUUGAGUUCGAUCCAGAUAACUGA